AUGUCAUCUACAACUGUGAUGAGAAUUGUGGCAGAGAAAGGAGUGAAACAAGUAGGAGCGAUGACUUCCGCUGAGAGGGGGAACCUGGUGACAGUCUGCCUUGCAGUAAAUGCCAGCGGUUAUGCAACACCACCAACGCUAGUGUUCUCGAGAGUCCACUUCCGUGAAUACUUCAUUGCAAAUGGGCCAACAGGUUGCUGUGGAUCAGCAAAUCCAAGUGGAUGGAUGAAGGAGGCAGAUUUUCUUAAAUUUCUGGAACACUUCGAGAAGCAUACUCUUUGCAGCAAAGAAUAUCCUGUCCUCAUGUUACUUGACAGCCACAACUCCCCUAUCUCGUUGGCUAUCAUUGAUUUCUGCCAAGACAAUGUUAUUGUUCUGCUAUCAUUCCUCCACACUGCUCACAUUAGCUACAGCCACUCGAUCGGAGUGUCUAUGGUCCUCUUAAGAAGUAUAUGA